AUGUAUUUAUCAUGUUUAACAGUCUUCAGAAAGUAUAAAAUAUAUUCAAAUGAUGAAAAUAUUUUUAUUAUAGGAAUAAAUAAAAAGGAAGAUAUAUAUGAAAUAACUAAAUUAGCAAAAACAAAAGAAAUUAAAAUAGAUGGAAAUUUUCAAUUAUUUAAGAAAAAUUUGUAUCAUAACUUUUUAAAAGAAAACAAUUUAACAUUAUUGUGUAAAUGUGAAGGAAUAUUAGGAUGUAUAAAAUUUUUAAAUUUUCCAUAUUUAUAUGUAUUAACAAAAAAGGAAAAGGUUGCUUAUUUAUUUAAUGAACAUAAAAUAUACAUGGUUAAAAAUGUUUUAUUAAUUCCUUUUAAAGAAAAUAUUUUUGAAAAUUAUAAUGAAGAAAAUGAAUUAAUAGAAAUUUUUUAUAAUAAUAUAAAUAAUAAAUAUUUAUAUUUCUCCUAUACAUAUAAUUUAUCUAAUUGUGUUCAAGAUAAUUAUUUUAUACAAAAAGAAUUUUUAAAGGGAAAUGUGAUAUAUAAUAAAAAUUAUAAAAAUCAUUAUAUUUGGAAUUUUUAUCAUUGCAAACAUUUUGUUAAAAAUAAUUUAUUUAUUUGUGUUUUUCUAAUAAAUGGAUACUUAACACAAUCUAAAUUUUACUUUUCAGGAAGGUAUAUAGAUAUAACAUUUAUAGCAAGAAGAUGUAGUAAAUAUGCAGGUACUAGAUAUAGAAAGAGAGGAAUAAACUCCAAAGGUUUUUCUGCAAAUGAGGUAGAAUCAGAAUUUAUUUUAUUUGAGAAAAAUAAUUUUAAUGCAAUAUUGUCAUAUGUUCAGUUAAGAGGGUCAAUACCCAUAUUUUGGAGACAAACUGUAAAUUAUAAAUUAUUAAAAAAACCAAAAAUAAGAUUUUUGAAGAGUGAUAUUAAUUAUACUUGUAGCAAAAAUCAUUUUAAAUUACUAUUUGAAAAGUAUGGAUAUCCUAUAACUGUCGUAAAUUUAUUAAGUAAAAAUAAGUAUACAGAUGAGAAUAUUUUAUCAAAAGAAUAUAAGAAAUGUAUUGAUUCUAUUAAUAAAAAAUUGCCAAAAAAAAUUCAAAUUAUUUAUAAACAUCUAGACUUAAGAAAAGCAUAUAACAUUGGCUCAAAAUACACACAAAAUAAUUUAAAAUUAUUAUUUAAUUUUUCACAAAAUAAUAUUGGUUUUUUUUAUAUAAACAAUUUUAAACUUAUUUUAGUACAAAGAGGAGUUCUCAGAUUUAAUUGUGUUGACUGUUUAGAUAGAACUAAUGCUGCUCAAUUAUUUAUUAAUAUUUAUAUUUUUAUUAAAUUUCUUAAAUUAAUAAAAUUAAUUAAGAGAAAUAACUUGAGUAUAAAUGUAAUUUCUCAUUUAUCACAAUUAUAUGAACAAUUAGGUGAUGCUAUAUCUAAACAGUAUGCAGGAUCAACAGCUCAUAAAAAAUAUACAACUGGACAAAAUAAAAAUAUUUUUAUUCAGUCAAAAGAAUUGUUUACUUCUAUUAAAAGACAUUAUAUAAGCUCAUUUAAUGAUUUAGAAAAACAGAAAUCAAUUAAUUUAUAUUUAGGUGUAAUUAAUUCUAAACUUAAAGAAAUAAAAAAUUCUAAUGAUCUUGAUAAUUUUAUUCAUAAUAAAUAUUUUAAAGAUAAUGGAAAUAAUAUUUUUUGGUGGGUAUUACCUUUGGAACAUUUUUAUUACAAAGUUGAAUCAUUAUUAGAUUUAAAAAAAAAAAAAAAAAAAGAUAAAAGAAAAAUUAUUGCACAUAAAAAAAAAAGUAUACUUAGAAAAAGAAAAAAUAUAAUAAAGAUAAAUAAUAUACAUAAAAAUAAUGGAAUAAAUUACAAUAUAUCAAAUGUAUUAGAAAAAAAUUAUAAAAGUCAUAGAGAAACUCUAAGAAAAAUUAAUAGAUGUAAUACGUCUAACAACUUCUACACUACAAAGAAAAUAGAACAAAAGAAAAUUAUUUCUAAUAUGUAUAAAAAUUUGAGAUUUUAUCGCUGUUUUAGUAAUACAAAUAUAUUUAAACAUCUUUAUAAUGCAAAUAAAUUACAUUGGAAUUUUAAUGAAAAAAACAUUUCAUCAUAUAAUUCUAACAAUUGGUUUAAUUCUUAUUUUUCUAAUAAUUCAAAUUCAUUAAUUAGUUUAUAUGAACAUGAUGAAAAAGGAUAUUUGAAUAAAUUCUUUUAUUUUCUUAAUUGUGCAUUACAGCUAUAUAAAUUUUACAAUGUCUAUAAGAAUAAUUUUCAUUUUUUUUUUAAAAAAAAAAAUAUAUUUAGAUUCAAAAUAUGGAGACUGAUAGCUUGUUAUAAUUAUUUAAACUAUUUAAAAAUUUACUUUAAUUUUUUUUUUCUUUUUUAUUACAGUAUAUUUACAAAUUAUAAUAUAAAACUAAUAUUUUUACAUCAUAUUAACAUUUUAUCUCAAAAAAGUGAUUUGUUGGAUAAUUAUAAUUAUUAUGUAAUAAAUGGUAAUACUUAUGAAAAAGAUGCCAAAAAAAUUGUUCAAUAUUUUAAAGAAUAUAAAAACAUUUCAUUAUUAUUAAAAAGUUACUUAAAUUAUUAUGAGGUAUGUAGAUUAUCGUAUAGCUAUAUGUUAAUUAAUAUAUCUUCUAUUAUAAAAAAGAAAAAAAAAAAUAAAAAUAACGGAAUUAAAAAAAAAACUUAUAAAAAAUUCAAAAAAUCUUUAAUGAAAAAACAUACAAAGAAUAUGCAUAAUAAUAAUGGUGAAUAUGUUCAGUCAUUAGUUAAAAAUAGUAAUUCUAUGAAUAUCUUAGAUAAAAUGCACAAUCAAAAUACUAAGGAAUUUUAUAUUAGUAAAACAAAAAUUGAAAGAAAAAAAAAAAAUAAGAAAAAAUUUUUUUCUUCAUUGUGUAAUUAUUCCAUUAAAAAUAUAAAAUAUAUUCAGAAAUAUAAAAAAAAAGAAGAAAUAUUUAAAAUGCCUUAUAUAUAUUGCCCUAUAUAUUUUAAUAUGAAUUUAAUAAAACUUUUUUUUUUUAUUUAUGGCCAUUAUUGUAACGAUAAAAAUAACAAUGUUAUAUCAGAAUUAAAAGAGGCAAUAUAUUAUGAUCAUUAUAAUCAGUCAAUAUAUAAUUUAUAUAAUGCAGAAUUUUUUCUUAAAAAAUUAUUAUUUGCUCGAUGUAUAAAUAACUUUUUUUCAGAAUUAUAUUUAUCUUAUAUAUAUAAGACAAAUUAUUACAAAAAAUUAAAUUUAAGUUUUUAUCAACAUUUCAAAAGUUCUUUCUAUAAUAAUAUAAAACAUCAAAAGUCUUCUGAAGAAAAAUUAUUCUUAGAGGAAUAUGAUUCCUUUGAAAACAUUUCAAAAAAAAAAAAAGAAGUUCUUAUGAUAGAUAAAAAAAUAUCAAAUAAAGUCAAACAAAAUUAUAAUUCUCUUUCUAAUAAUUGUUUGCUAAUUAAAAAUUUUAAUAGAAAAUAUUUUUCAGAAUUGAAGUGUUUUAUAGAAAAGGAUCAAAAAAUUAAAAAUUACUUGAAGAAUAUCACUACCUUUAACAAUCAAAUGAACGAUUAUGAUAUUUUACUAAAUGAUUUUAAAGAAUAUGUUAAAUUUAAUCAAAACAAAAAAAAACAAAUUAGUUUUUAUAAUAUAAGUGAUUUUAAUGUUUUACAAGAUAAAAUUGAAAAUCAAAUGAACUAUCAUCAUUAUUGUAAUCCCAUAAAUAGAGAAAUAUUUUUAAAAUAA